CAACAUCACACCUCAUUCAAUUCCGAAGUCCCGACAACACAGGCUUACCCAGUUAUCUUCUCGCCAUCUCAUACUCCAAGACCGUUGUGUACACAGGAUCAUGUCGGACCGCGAGACAGGGGCGGAGUCUGCGGGACAGCCCCCAAGCUCAACCGAGCAUGCUAGACAGCCUCCCAAACGAGUCAUGACUGCCGCUCGAAAGGAACAAAAUCGCGUCGCCCAAAAGGCGUACAGGCAACGACAGCGGGAACGUCGGCAGACACUCCGAGCUGAUGCCCGGAAAUGGGACCAGAAACUGCCAGUGUUGCGACCACGUGAAGAAACCGGAACUGAUAUUUGUCAAUUUCGGGGCGAAGGCCAAAAUGAUAUCAGAAGGGAAGCUGGGUCACCAACUAAUCUGGCCCGUACAUGUCACUCCGAUGGUCAACGGCAAGAUGCCAAUCAGGCCAACUUGCGGCCAUCUCAGGGACCUAAUCUGAACGGCCACUGUACAGAGCUCAGUGUCCAGUCCAAAGCGUUGACUUCAAUUGAAUUACAGCCUUUGGCGGACCUCACUUACCCUAGUGGUGAUUUAAUCUCAUUUUGCGCUGCGCAGCUCUUGGCCGGGUCAAGCAGCCACUGCUCAGCAACCACAACGAACGAUGAUGUCUGGGCGACCGAUGUCACACCCUUGGAUGCUGGAGGAUCAUCUCUUUCCUACACUGUCUCUUCCGAAGUAUCGCCGUUGCUGCCAUGCCUUAAACGAAAUUCUCUACGACUCGUACCAACCUUCAUCGUCUCCGCCGUCUUCGAAAACGCUCUCUCACUCAACUACGAUCUGGCCAGGUUAGCCGAAUGUCGCGGUGACUAUAUCUCACCGUUCUACGAACCUCUUGCCUCGCCUCAAAAUGACCCGGAAGCUUUGAUUGCAUCAGCUAUUGCAAGGGUCAGCUCCAACACCUGCAACCGGACCAUCCCGGUGCACCUCCGUCCGACUUUGGCCCAAAUCCUUAUUCCGCACGAUGCCAGCUUAGAUCUCAUUCCGCUACCUUUUCUUCGCGAGAGGGCCAUUAUGUUAGCUGCCGUGAUGCCGGAGACUUUCAACAUGUGGGAACUGAAAUUCGACAUCUAUCAUCGAGGUGGGCUUAUAAUCUGGCAACAAGAUCGAUCAGGGCAAGAAAGCUCAUCCACUUGCACCAGCUACCAGCCCUGGGAUAUGAGAAGCUGGGAGGCAACACCGUGGUUCUUGCAGAAGUGGUGCAUGGUAGUUGGGGGCAAGGAUAGCCCUUUCUGGAAGCAGAGUACAUGGUGGCACUCAUUGAGAGGAGUUGAACAUGGCUAAAAUGCAGCAUGUCUUUCUUUCACGUUUAUACAAUAGAUGCAGGUGGUCGGUUAAUAUGUCAAUAUGAAAGGCAGAAUUGGUCAACGUCAAUAAACUGAGCACCUAUGCACAGCCUCUUGUCAAUUAAUAA